AUGGAGGCCAUGGAGAAGAAGGAUGUGUUAGAACUUGUUCUCGAAGAGGAAGUACCUCGAGGCAAGAAAACCCUGCAAACAAUGCGGAGAUAUCAGCUGGAAACCGACUUACUUGAAUACAUUAUGCAAUUUCGCGCUCGUCUCGUGGCAUCGGGAAACAUGCAGAAAGGAGUGAUUGACUUCACCGAUACUUUCUCACCGGGAAUGGCCGCUCUGAGACUUUUCCUAGCUUUGUGUAUGAUUUUUAAACUGACACCGCACCAAUGUCACGUGAACACCGCCUAUUUAAACGCCCUACUCAAGAUUAUUCACUACAUCAAGAACACUCGUGGAUUUCCAUGUCCGAAUGGCUUCACCAAUCUGGACGUGAAUGGAAUGAAUUCUUCACGAAGUGGAUGGAACAUGAAGGUUUCACUCAGUGCACGACUGAACCAUGCCUAUACGUAUGGCAUCAUCUUAGUGUCCAAUGUGGAAUAUUUCAAGAUAAAUGUGUUCCAGAGCAUGAUCGAUCAUUUGGAAUUUAAGACAUAG